AUGCCCGCCAAUGACAGCCCCCUUUCGAUCGCCGCCAACGUGGCCGGCAUCGUGACGCUCGUCUUUGCCGUUCUGGCCGCCGUCUACGCGCGCAUCAGCUACCUCCGCAACAGCGACGACGAGUACUUUCGCGUCAAGGCGUCGCUCUCCUGGUACAAGACCGAGUCCACGUGGCUCGUGGAGCUCAUCAGGGCGGUCGGCGGCGACAGCGCGCUCGGCGACCGUCCCGCGUACCAGAUGUACUCGUUCGUGAUGGACGACCUCGUCAAGCUGGAGCAGCGCAUCCUGGAGCUCGUCGCCGAGACGGAAGAGCGGGCGCUGGCGGGCGCCAAGGCCGAGGACAGCGGGUGGACGCUCAUCCCGCGGCGCUGGGCGUUCACGACGACGGUCGCCAUGGCGUGGCUGCCGGUGCGGACCAAGGCGCUCGCGCUGGUGCGGCAGCGGGACGCGCUGACGGCGAGAGUGCAGUUUACGCAGAUGAGCAUGAUCUCUUCCAGGAUCCGCGAUCUCGAGCGCAAGACCCAGUGGAAGGAGGCCAGGACGGAGAAGAGCUUCCUGCGGAUGCAGGCCGACAUGGCAGAGCAGCGGGCGCAGAUCCACCGGUUGGAAGACCUCGUCUACCGCAUGAUGCACCGCGACCGGGUCCGUCCUCGAGAAGAGCAAUCCCUGGCCGACGCCAUCCAGCGGCGGCCCUCGCGCCCGUCGAGCGCAAGCCCGCCACGUGGGCCGAGGCGACCGUCAGGCUCGCUCUUGACGCGGUCACGAUCAAGAUGA